AUGUUCUACCCCAAUAUAGUUAAAAAUUUAUCCCAAGCUGAGACUGGAAAUGCAUUCUGUACUUUCCAUAGUACACCUUCAGUGCGGCUCAAGCCAGCCAUUCCCAUUCCAAUGCAAACCCCGAAACACAUGACUGAUUUUUUCAAAGUGGUCACACACAUAAUUUGCACGCAUUCCAUUAUCCGCAAACACCAUAAAUACAUCUACAAAAAUUUCCGUUCGAGCCGCAGCGGUGGAGUCAUCGCCCAAAGUCCGUGCCCCUCCCACGGCGUAGCCUACUUAGAGUGUCCAGCUGGUAGAAUCGCAGUUCAAAAAGGGAAGUGGUCUAUAUAA